ACCUCCCCCUGAUCACUGUCCCCCCCUGGUCACUGCACCCCGGUCACUAUCCCUCCCCCUAGUCACUGUCUCUCAUCCCCUGUCACGGUCACUGUACACGCCCCCAGCCCCUAAACAGUCAUCAGUCAGUGUUAACCCCCAAAACACCCACCACUACCGGACCCUGGUCAGUCACUGAUCACAGUCCCUCUGGCCCAAUCUCUGGUCACCAUCGACCCCAGCCCCUAAUCAGACAUUGGUCAGUGUCCUCCACCCAACCAGUCCCUGGCCUGUCGCUGGUUACAAUCCUCCAAGCCUCCAACCCAGCUCCUCACUCUUUGGUCACUGUUCCUACCUGUCCACGCCAAUUAGUAUCGACCUGGCUCCUAGUCCAGUCACUGGUAAAUGUGUUUCACACCAGCCCCUUGUCCUGUCUCUGUAUCCCAGCCCAUGGUCAGUCUUUGGUCACUAUCUAUCUGAGCUGUGGUCCAGUUUCUGGUUGUUGUCCUUUCCGGUAACUAAUGAAGUUCAGGUUGUGAGUUUUCUGCUCUUUGUCUAACACUGACCUGGUCCAGCCUAUUCAUCAACACCAGCAUUAGAUUGUCAACCACUGGAACAUGGCCAGUGAUCAGGGAGCAGCUAAAGGGCAAACUGGCAUUGGAUUCUGGAAUUGUGCCAGAGCUUCAUACAGCAAAGAGACCCAGGACCUGUUAAAAGUGAUGAUGCAGGAAUCCAAAUUGAAUCAAUUCCAGAUGAGACAACUUAACAGAAAGCUUCAAGAGGGUGAUACAUUUCCUGUGAGCUGCCAUCCCAGCUCCAGCAAGGUAUCAGCAGCCCCUCCGCUGCCAACAGCCCCUUCUGUUCGACUGCUUCCCUCCUCCAAGCCACACCUGAGACCCGCAGAGAGCUGUCGUGCUGGAGAUGCAUAUGUACGAGAAAGGUUUCGGCCACGACCAACAAGAAACCUGGAAAAAGAAAAGCAACGUUUGCAGAAUCUCAUGGCAACUGGGAAAGAUGGUCCUGAGCCCAAUCUCGAACCAAAACCCAAGAAGGAUGAAGAAGAGGCUCCAGAAAUUGAUCGGUUUGAAGAAUUGUGUAAUGAGAUUGAAGAAAGGCGAGAGUUUCUGGAGCAGAUGGAAUCAUUUGGUCGAGGAAAGGAAUUCCGGGCAAUCAUUCAAACUGAAAUCUCCCAGAAACUCCAAGAGAUGGAGGACAUUGACAAGAAGAGGAACCAUGAAUUAGAGAUGGCUACGAGGGAGCGAGAGAGGAGCAACACAUGUUCACAGUUGCAAAUCAAAAAUGAAAAUAAAGCCUGAAGUGUUAUAAAUUAAUUAAUAAUAUAAAUGAACAAAUUCAUUUCAAA